AUGUCGUCGACACCAUUGGCAGCAUCGGCUGGCCGCAGCCAGGCAGCAGAUCCGACACAGGUGCCGGUCAAAGAGAAAAAUGCAGGCAGCAGCGUGACUGGGCUUCCGACAGGACCUGAAGGGCCUGUAGGGCAGGCAGAGGUCGGGACUAGCGAGAAGAAGCUGCCAGCGCUCUCGCGGGAAAACUUUCGAAAGUACAACCGGCUUGCUGAGCAUAUGGACUACUUUCACAACCAUUUCCGGCAGAUCUGGACGCUGAUGUACAAUGCGUGCCUCAACAACAAGCGGCCGGCCAGCAUGUCGGUGCGGCAGUUUAUCGAGGAAGGCCUGCAGCUGGUGCACAUGCUGGAGAUGCACCACUCGAUCGAGGAGACACACGUUUUUCCAACGCUAGCCAAACGCAUGCCGGAGUUUCAGGCGGUGGGGGUGGGGAAAGUCAAGGGUCUGGCCAAGGCGGCCCAGCUGUUACAGCAACACCGCGACAUCCACGUCGGCAUGGACGGGCUCGAAAAGUAUCUCCGGCAGUGCGGCCAGCGCGGGACGGAGGAGCUGGAUCUGGCGGUGCUCAAGGCGCAGAUGGACACGUGGGGCGACGUGUUGUGGCAGCAUCUCGACGACGAAGUGCGCACGCUGGGGGCCGACAACAUGCGCAAGUACUGGUCCCUGGCUGAGAUGCAGCAGCUGCGGAUGUAG